AUGUCUGAAGAGAUUAAGAACGAGGUCAUUGAGACCCCUGAAGAAGUAAUUGAGAAGCCAGAAGAAGUAUCCCAAGAAGUUGAAGGCGAUAACGCUUCUCAGGAGAACGAUGAUGAUAAGCCAUCGGUUGUUCCAGCAUCUGCUACUAAAGGUGGUAGAGAAACUUCUGACAGAGUCCUAUAUGUUGGUAACUUGGACAAGUCUAUCACUGAGGACCUUUUGAAGCAAUAUUUCCAAGCUGGUGGACCAAUUCAAAAUGUCAAAAUCAUCGAAGACAUGAAGAACGAAUAUGUCAAUUAUGCCUUUGUUGAAUACAUCAGAUCCCAUGAUGCAAAUGUUGCCUUGCAAACUUUGAACGGUGUUCAAUUAGAAAACAAGACUUUGAAGAUUAACUGGGCUUUUGAGACACAACAAGCCGCCGAAAAUGACGACACUUUUAACUUAUUUGUCGGUGACUUGAACGUUGAUGUCGACGAUGAAACUUUGGCAGGUACUUUCAGAGAGUUCCCAACUUUCAUCCAAGCUCAUGUUAUGUGGGAUAUGCAAACUGGUAGAUCCAGGGGCUAUGGUUUCGUCUCUUUCUCUAAUCAAGAAGAGGCACAAAAGGCCAUGGAUGCUAUGCAAGGUAAGGAUUUGAGCGGUAGACAAAUCAGAAUUAAUUGGGCUACCAAGAGAGAAAGAAACAUGGGUAAUAACUUUGGGAACAACCGCGGUAGUCGUGGUGGUAACUUCCGCCCAUACGGUAACCAAGGUCACCAUAACAGAAACAACAGAAAUAUGAUGCCUCCUGCCAUGGGUAUGCCAAUGGAUGGUUUGAUGCCAAUGCAGCAAGGCCAGCAAAAUGGUCAGCAACCAAAUGUCCAGCAACAGCAACCAAUGGUUCCACCACCUGUCAACCCACAAGCUAUUGAAGAUAUGAUUAGAAGAGCUCCACCAAGAGUUACCACUGCUUACAUUGGUAACAUUCCUCAUUAUGCAACUGAAGCCGACUUGAUUCCUCUUCUACAAAACUUUGGUUUCAUCUUGGAUUUCACUCACUAUCCUGAAAAGGGAUGUUGUUUCAUUAAGUAUGAUACCCACGAGCAAGCAGCUGUUUGUAUCGUAGCUCUAGCUAACUUCCCAUUCCAAGGCAGAAAUUUGAGAACUGGUUGGGGUAAGGAGAGAACCAACUUCAUGCCACCUCAAGGUGCUCCAGGUCAACAAAUGCCAGUUAUGAUGGAUCCAUCCCAAGCUCCUCCAGCUCCUCAGUAA